GGCGAUGUCCGCGAGCCAGGCGAGCGCCGCGGCGGUAGCGGCGGGGCCUCGCGCGUGGCUGGGCGGCCUGGGCUGCGGCCUCCCCGCGGGUCCCUGGGAGCGGGCGCGCGGCCGACACGGCAGCAGUGGCGGAGGCCCCGGCGCGUCCUUCUGCCCCGCAGCCUGAGCCCGGGCGGCUGGAGGGCUCCGCUGCCCGAGGAUGGGAAUUCUCUUCACCCGGAUCUGGAGGCUGUUCAAUCACCAGGAGCACAAAGUUAUCAUUGUUGGGCUGGAUAAUGCAGGGAAAACUACCAUCCUUUACCAGUUUUCCAUGAAUGAAGUUGUACACACAUCCCCUACAAUAGGAAGCAAUGUGGAAGAGAUCGUGGUUAAUAAUACACGUUUCCUGAUGUGGGAUAUUGGUGGUCAAGAGUCCCUCCGUUCUUCCUGGAACACUUACUAUACUAACACUGAGUUUGUAAUAGUUGUUGUGGACAGCACAGACAGAGAACGGAUCUCUGUAACCAGAGAAGAGCUCUACAAAAUGCUAGCCCACGAGGACCUAAGAAAAGCUGGAUUGCUGAUUUUUGCUAAUAAGCAAGAUGUUAAAGGAUGCAUGACAGUAGCAGAAAUCUCCCAGUUUUUGAAGCUAACUUCUAUAAAAGACCACCAGUGGCAUAUCCAAGCGUGCUGCGCUCUUACUGGCGAGGGGUUAUGUCAAGGACUUGAGUGGAUGAUGUCACGGUUGAAGAUCAGAUGAUCUCUACUGACCUCUUCCUACGGACUCUAUCAAUAAAGUGCUGACUUUACCUGAAAGCUGCAAAAACGGUUCACAUAUAUUUAUAAUAAACUGAUUUGAGAGUUUUUCUAUAAGAAGAUAAAAUAAGACCACUUAUUUGAAAACAAAGGUGAAAUGUCACCACCCAGUUUGCUCUCUCAUUCCUUCCAAAGUGCGUUGAAGCUGUGGCUGACACUUUCCCCUGAUGAGUCCUCUCACGAUUCGGUAUAGCUGUGGCAAGCAUGAAGGAAGAGGAAGACAUUUGAACUGGAGAGCUUUAUUGUCAGAGUGACUUUCCCACCCCACCCCAGGUUGAAUGCUCCUUUCUCAUUACAUUGAAUCAAAUACAAAUCAGCACAGAUACUGUUUCCAGUUUUUAAAAAUGUAAUAUUAUGGAAAGUAUUUUGCUUAAAGUUGAAUAUGUAUUGUGUAUAUACCUCAAGUUCAGGUUAAUGGCUUUGAUUUGUAUUCUAAAGAAAAGCAAAUAACACAAAUAAUAAUCUUAGUUAUUACCCUAGUAUCAUUCAGAACCAACAUUGGUGUUAAGUGUCAUUUCUGUGGUUCCCCCUCUGUUCUCUGUGUUGUCCUAACAAGCCAACCCUGACCCAGAAUUGUUGAGCUGCUCCUUAAAAACAAAGCAAGAAAAAGUGUGACGCUGUAUAGCAGUUACUCAGUUAUAGAGAUGGAAAAAUAAUGCAAGUGAGUAGAGUGUCUGCUAGACUCCUGGCCAGGUGUGACUGGGCAGAAUUACACGGUAAACAAUUAUCAGACUUCCUGUUCUGUUGAUUCUUACUCCAACUCAGCUACUAAUCAGUCAGUCAUAAAUUGUGAUUAAAACUACCAGGUAAUUUUUAAUUGAAAACCAUGGUGUGAAAUAUAUCUAUCCAAAGGUAACAUUCUAUAAAUAGCAGUAUUUAAUUUUUAGCUGCAGCCUUUUUCAGCAUUAAAUUAUAUGACAAACAGCUGAAAUGAAUUUGACAGUAAACAUAAGGCACAGUUCCAAUUAACAUCGAUGAUUUCUCAAUUUGCAGGUUUGUUUCUGUAGGUUUUCUUACAUGUUCUUCUGCAUAAAUAAAAUGCCUUGUUUCAUGGGUAGGAAAUCCAAAUACUCUGAAUGCUUUCAAGAAUUUGAUUGAAAAUUUGACAUGUUCCGUUAUUUGUAAUAGAAGAAAUUUGACCCCAAACACCUUUAUAUUUGUUCAUUUUUUUAAUUUAUCUAAAAGUUUAAGGUAUUUCUGUCAAAACAAAAACAAAAUUAUCUUUGUUUUAACAUAUUCUUGGUGACUCUGUAUGCCUUUUGUGCCCUGGAAAUUUGAAGGUUAGUCAAAACUGUCAAGAUUUAGGAUAUUGAAGAGAAAAAAAAAGAUGUAAGAGAUAGAAGUCCACAUUAUAAGCCUUGAUGAAACUUUGAAAAAUCAGUAAAAUCGGCAACACUUGAUGUCUAAAGCCAUCAGGUGCAGAUGAGCGUUAGCAGGGUGUUUUGUGUUUCAGAUAUGCUCUGAAGCUCCUAGCUCACUCUCAGCAUUUAAUGUUUCCUCUUAGAAAAUCAGCCCUCGAUCACUGGGCCUUGUAAUGCUAAGUUCUGGCCAUACAUAGUUCUCAUACUUUUUCAAAUCACAAUGAGAAUUUUCCGAUUGUAUAUUUAAAAAUCCCUUUAAAGACUCAAAUCUACUGUCUAGUUUUCUCAGAGAAAAAGAGCCUGCAAUGCAGCCCCACCCACCUCUCCUGCGCCCAGACCUACAGCUUUUCAACUUUGUGUUUUUUAAUUUGAAUAAUCAUGUGCAUAGUUGCUUGGAUCACUGUUACAUCAGUUAAACACAUACCAGCACAUUAUGGUGUUGCCAAGGUAUUAGCUAGAAUUUAUUCUUAAUUGGAUGUUUAAAGCAUUAACUCCAUUGUUAAGGUUGGCAUAGUAUGGUCAGUUACUGAUGUCAUAAGAAAGCAUGAAACUUUACCACUUUUACAAAAUAUAAAGUUUUUGGUUUUUUUAAAUCCUUUCACGCUAAGCAUCAAAAAACAAUAUGAUACCUGUGUACUUGUACAUAAAACCAAAAUUAUGACCUAGUAAAAAGAUUUAAUAUAUGAAAAUACCAAAACUGUCAAACAGUAUUAGGCCUAGAUAUGGCAGAGUGCCCCUUGAUGUCACGCUGGCAGUUUACAUGCCAUGGGGCAGAACUCAGCUAAUCCUUGGUUUCAGAUGUUAAUAUGCGACUUCUGGGUAUAAACAAGCAUCUCAUUUAACCUCACUGUGCUCAGCUCUGAAAAGAACAAAGAUUUAUACCUCUGUACGUGUGUCCUGUUUUGAUACUAAUUUUGAAAGUUGUUUAACUUCUCUUGAUAUCUUGGUAAAAGUAGCCAUAAGAUAAAUCAUUUGAAUAUAUUUGAUUUUGUCAUAACAUUUAUAAAAUGUAUGUUUCCCAUUAUAUUGAGAGUUUUAUUUUAAAAAUUCAGUUUCCUUUAUAUUUCUAGCACACCUUGGCCAUCAUAGUAGAUACAGAGAAGGCAAGUGGGCUGGGCAGUGGGGAAUGAGAAUUCCUUUUCUUGUGACAUUUUGCCUUAAGAAUAAAAAGGUGCAUUAGCACUGCUGGUUGGUAUUUUGAAUGCAGGUGGUGAACCUAGUCUUACAUAGUGUGGCAUGACAUAGAAGGAAUAAGGGUUUGUUUCCUGGCCUUGAAGAAGUGCCUCGUUAGGUAGUCACAGGAAGUGGGGGAGCUUGAGGACAGGCAAGAGGUCCCUAAGGUGUCUUUUCCUUUUGUCUGAGUGUAUAGUAUUAGGAUGCCCAGAAGAGGGAUGGUGUUGGUCCUCUCUUACAGGCACUUUAUAUUUCUUGCUGUAAGUACAGCAAUCACAUACAGUACAGACAACCUCAAAAAUCUGUUUAUAUUAGUGUAAAUAGAAAAAUCAUAGACAGCUGUCUAGUUUCCUCUGCAGGCAUUUUUGGGAAUGCAUCUAUAGUCUGUUCUACUUUGUCAAUAGGGGAUUACAGCACAUCCUAGAUCAUAUGUGAACUUUGGGAUUUUCUAAUUGCCCUUGGUAUCCUGGUACCAUUCUCAUUUUCAAGGCACAGUAGAGGGUUUGACUGCUUCCAUAGCUCAGCUUGCCCUUGCUGUUUUGGAUGUUUGCUCACCACCAAUGAAGGUUGCUCUUUUUCAUCUAAAGCUAUUCUAAACUUUGCCCCUAACCAUUAUUCUCAGACCCCAAGGUUUUCAGAAACCACUUUGAUUCUGUCUCUCCACCCACUUGACUCACUGCUCUGGACCUCUGCACCAGAGACCUCUCACCAGAGAUUCUGAGUCUUAUCAGGAGAUUAGAUUCAGAUUGUGGUUUAUAGAUACCAGUAGAAGAAUCCUGUUAUAUACUGUUCUUAGCACCUUAAUCCUACUUACUAUUCUUACGCUGACAACUAGAUUCAGCAAGACAAAACUACAUAGACUAUUUCAGGUCCUUGAGCUACAUGAGUUAGGACCAAAGGCCAUUGUUACAUUCACAUUUUCCUCAUAUAAACAAGAAUAGUGAUGUUCUGGAGAAUACCAUUUCAUCCAGCAUUAAGAUGGAAAAGGAUGACAAAACAAAACUGUAUACAGCUGCACUUGAAGACAGCCUAAAAUGAUUUCCCACAUUCCAUUUUUUCAUGUUUGCUUAAGUAGAAAAGAUGAGCAUUAAAUGUCUAAAGGAAUUUGUAAUUUGAGACUUAGUAUUACAAAGUAAGCUUAUUGAAACAAGCUUUAAAAGACCUCAAAAUAAGCAAUAUGUGGUGGUGUAAGUGUAAUUCCAGCAUUAAGGACGAGAGACAGGAGAAUUGCUGGAAGUACAAGGUCAACCUGGGCUAAAUAGUAUCAGUCACUAAGACUGCCUAGCAAAAGACUGUUAAAAAGAAAGGAAGAAAAUCAGCCAGCAAUCAACCACCAUGUGUUUCUGUAGAAUUAAGGAUGCUACUUAAAAUAAAACUUGUGUGCCAUGUCCCUCAAGGCAGGUGCAGUUGAUUAAGACCGUGAUAGUGGAGUAAGGGAAAGAGCAAGAUUUAGUACUUUGGAUGCUUAAGAAGUGAGUACUUGUAUUUAACCUUAAAAUUGUUUGAAAAUGGGAAGAAAUGUAACAGGAUACAAUUGGGCUAAUUAUGCAAUAUUUAUCUUUUUCAAUUCUCUAACUCUGUACUGUUCCUAAAAUGGAAGAAUGAGUCUUUUGGCGUUGCCUGCUCAAUGUGCGGAUCUUUGGUAGUAAACAUUUCUCAUAGUGUGUACUUAAGAAGUGCCUGACAUUGAUUUGUGUUGAUUUCUAAGUCCAUGAAAUAAAUGAUACGUGUUUUCUAUGGUA